GGUCGGACAAAAUGACAACAAGAAGUAAAAGUGAUGUGGUGGAAAUCCACUUUCAAGCAAUAGCAUCCAAAAAAUUUAUUGACAACUCAGCAGUAAACAGUGUUCGUAUCAGGUUUGCUCUUGAAGAGUAUGGAGGACUGACGAACUUGUGGCCAACAUACAGUGUACUAUUACCUGAUGGUCAUGUGGCUGUAUCAUUUAGAGGAUAUUUUUCAAAAGAACGGAUUAAGACUCCAGGAUUUCGAUAUUGCUACUGUGUGGUCAUUAAUAAUGAUCUGUCCAAUGUCGUAGAUGAAUAUGUUUAUAAUGCCUGGAAGGUGGAUGAGAACAAUCUAAGACAACUUCAAAAAGAUAAUAUACCAGAUUUAUGGAUGCAGUAUGAUGGAAUUCUGAAUCCCUUGCCAGAGAAAGCAUUCCUUCAAAAAUUAAAGUCAAUGGUUGGAUAUGAUUCAUAUGAAAAGAAAAUGGAAAAAGAUGCAAUUUUCUCUGCAAAGUAUUUCUUUCCAAAAUGGAAACAUUUCUUUGUACAUGGAUGGGAUACUACAGGAGCAGACAUGUUACGACAGAUGGAGAUGUUGUAUGCAGGUCUACAUAAAAAUGUUUUCAUUUCUUGUAAGAAGUGGACACUUGAAGAAGACUUCAAAACUUUUCUUGGAAAGGUGUGGAUAGAAGAUCUGAAACCCAAAUUAGAUGAACUGGAAAAAAAGCCUGAUCUGAUUUCUGCCAUUGGUAUCAUUGUGAUUGCGGAAGAAUACUUGCUGCCACUUGAUGCAAAAAACAAGAAUGCCUUGUUUCAAAGUCUGGUUCUUGAAGCAGAUUUUGAGGAAAUGAAAUGUCCAAUGUAUGACAAAUUUAAGGAAAGUUUCCAGGGAGUUAUUCCGAGGGUUAAAAAAGGAUUGUUAGAGUUCAUCAAAAGUGUGAAAUCUUCAGACGAUCCUACAUGGCUGUGUAGUCUUCCUCUUUACCACUUUUUGAUUGGGAAAUGUCGUCCUUUUGAAGCCAUGACCAAGAGAGUGGAUCAUAAUGCAGUGAAGCCCCUCUGGUGGGGAAAAGAUGGCUUGGAAAUAGAAAUGGAUUACUUGAAAGGAAAAACCAAGUGGAGUGUAGACCCUGAGAUUAUUCUUCAAACCUUAGCACCGAUGUUUGAAAUAGACUUUUACUUGUCAAGAUCCUUUGUGUCUGUGCUAAAGUUGGAAAAACUAACUGUUGUCAAAACCAAGCUGCUGCCUCCAGAAGUUGUAAUGGCUGCACUGUAUUUCUUUUUACGUACAGACUACUUUGAAAAUGACACAAAGAAAAAGAUAGCUUAUGACUGUCUUGAAGUUGCUGCUGAGCAAAUGCGAAAAAGUUGUGAGCUUGAAAAUAUUUCCCAGGAUCAGCUAACAAGAGCAUACCUGUGCAUUAAAAUUGGAGCAGAUGUUUUAAGUAUGGCAAAUUCUCAUCACAGAGACAGGACCAGUAUUGUUUUAUGGGCAACUGAGGCUUUUGUAGUUGCCCUAGCAGUCUAUGAACAGCUAAUCGAAAGAACCAGUAAAGAGGGGAAUUCUAUGGAAAGUGAGAGACUACAUCUUGUAACACUUAAUGAAAAAAAAGGAUUGAUCAAUGACUGGUUGAACAGAUUUAUAUUCUAUCCAUCUGUUGAAGCAGAUCUUGAAGUAUGGAGCAAGAUUCUGUCGAUGAACAUUCCCAAUAGUUCCAUUAAAGAUGCCUUGAUGAGUGAAUUAAAAGACACCCUACAAGAAAAGCUAGAUAAAAAGACAAAACUUGUCAAGGAGCAUCUAAUUACUCUAUACUUCAAUGAUGCUGAUCAGCUGUACCCACCUGCUGUGCAAGAAAUACUUGGACAAUUUGUAAAUCAGGCCUUAGACGAAGGUUGUAUCUGUGAAGAAAAUGUACGCUAUGGAAGAGGAGCUCUCAAAUUAGGAAGCAUGUUAUCUAGGAAGUUUGAGGAAUCUUGGGGAAAAAAUCAUCUCUGUAAAGCCCAGCCAAGGGACAUUCUUAAUUUCACGCUGACAUGGAAGCCUUUUAAACAUUUUCUGGACAUGGUUUAUCAGAAAGAAAAAAGCGGAGUUCUAUCUCAAGAAUGUCAAGUGCAGUUCACGCAGGCAACCUCAGUACUUCAGCUCACUCUGAAUAAAUUGUUGACUGGAGAGAUAGAAAUUGGGGACGUUUUACUGAUUGACAACUGGAAGGAUGCAUUCUAUUGCUUAAACAACAUUAUUUGGAAGAGUGAAAAGAACACUGAUUUGGAGGAAGAAUUAGUUUUACAGACAAUAAAACUGAGAUGCAGAGAAAUACAAAAGGUCAAGGAAGUUCAAGCAAAUGUUGGCAUCUUUGUACAACAGUGUCAACAUUUUAAAGUUGACCUUUGUGAAAUUGACAAGAAGAUGGAAUCAUUAACAAAUAUUGAGAGGAUGAAAGUUUUGGAGGUCUGCAAACCUGCAACUUUAGACAAAGUGUCAAACAUAGAUAACUAUGAUCCUGUUGUGAAUAUAUUUAAUCUGCCCCCCGAUGUUCUAGACAUCCUUCCUCAUUUGAAAAGGAUGUCGGAGGGUGUUUUGUUCUUUAACAUGUGGAUAAAACAAGGUCAGAGAGAAGAGGCCAAGAAGAAAAGCCCUUUAACAAUUGAAGAAGUGGUGGAAAAUGUAUGGCAGAAUGUUAAGCACACCUGGUUAGGUCUUGGUCGGAAAAUUGCCUCAGGAGAUAUCACUUUUAGAGAGUUUCAGCAAUACUUUGGAAACAUUCCUGCUGAUAAUCUUGAAGAACAACUUUCAUAUCUACCCAUUGGCAAGACAAAUGACAAGGACUGGAUAAAGGAGAGGAUCCGACAAUUUCAACAGCACAGAAUACUGGAGCAGUGUGUCUAUGGUGCCAAUGUUAUUUUAAAAGUUGUCAAAGAAUAUGAACUGAAGGGAGACUUUGAACCAGUCAAGAUGAUUGACAAAAUGGUUCAAGGAGCAGAAACAAAAAUGAGUGAAUUUGACACUUCGUUAAUUGAUGCAUGUAAUGUUUUGAGAGGAAUGAGGGAAGAACAUGCAAAAUGUCUUGAGGAAUUCAUCAACUGUAAACAACUCAUUAACUGGCUGAGAAAGUCAAUGGAAAGUCUGAAGGAGUUGAAGGUGUUUGUUGACCUUGCCAGUAUCUCGGCUGGUGAAGGUGACUUGGAGGUUGCAAAGGUCAAAUGUCUUCAUGCUGCCACUACUGGAUAUGCUCCAUUGAUUUUCAACUUGGGUGACCAGUGUGAUUAUUUGAAACUCCUGGAAAAAUGCCAGCUUGUUUGGAAAGAGCUCAAAGCUGAUCCACAUCUGCCAACAAAACUAAGAGAUACAAGCAGACAUUUAGAAUGGUUAAAAGAGGUAAAAUCUGCCCAGGGCUCUGUAGAAGUAACAUCCAUGAAACAAGCAGAGGCCAUCAACUCUGUAGGAAUAUAUAUGGUAGGAAAGGUUGACCCAGAUAUCCACAAGGAAAAACCAACAAUAGAUGAUGUCCUGCAAUUGCAUGUCCAGAAAGAUGAACAAGGGUCUCGACUUCCAAGGAGAUACCAGUAUAAGGAGCUCCAGGAACUCCAGAGUAAACUCAUGCUGGUGGCUGGAAAGGCAGAACAAGGCAGAGAUGAUGUGGAGAGGUUUACCAUUGUGUAUGAUGCAAUAGUAAGACUUUGCAAUGUGUACAUCAAACUUGUGUCAUCUGGCUGUGUGCUAUUUACAAACUGGCAGGCCAGAUUUCUUUGUGACCCUGAAAGGAAAGUGUGUGCCUUUGUCAAAUUUGGAAGUGGGGAGGGGUGCAUCCAGUUAAAGGGAAGAAGAAGUGAGGAUGAUGAUGUCAGCACUGUUAUUCCAAAACUGGCAAAAUUCAUGGAGAACUGUCUAGAUGAGUGGCUGAAAUAUAUUGAACAAAAAAGGGAUGAGUAUCACCAUUUAAAUUUCUGCACUAUUGACCAAAUGGUGAUUUUGCAAAAAGAGAUAGUUUUAAUGGGAGGUGAGGUUGAGCCAUCAAAUUUCAUUUAUCCACUGCUAUCAAAUGUCAAACAUGACUGUACAAAGAUGGAUUUGAUUGGUGCUCUGAAAAAGGCCAAAGGUGAUGUAUUCCAGAAGGAGGCUGAACAAAAAGCAGAGUUGGAAGAAAAUGUAGAGGAGGAGGAAUUGGAUUCUGAUAAUGAAAAUCAAGCUAAGGCGACUGCUAUUGCAAAAUUUAUCUCAGCCAUCAUGGAUUCAGGAUUUUCUGAGAAAUUAGCAAGAGAAGCUUUGAGUAAAGGCAUGAUUGAACCUGAAGAGAUUGAUGAAGGUUUAGUGUGGUGUGUUGAUCAUGAGGAUGAGACAGAGAUGGAGGUAGAAGUGAGCGAGGAGCAGGUAGAGGUUAUAGUUGAGGACUACGAGGGCUGGACAAAAUCUGAGAUGUCAAUUUCCAUCAUGACUCAAAACAUUUUGUCUGAUCUUCAGAAAAACACCACAGCAGCAGACACCCUUAUUCCAGACCUAGAACAGUUGUGGGAGGAAUUCCUGUCCUCCAUUUCCUCCAGUGUGUCAGACUAUCUCAGUGUGGAACACCUGGGGAUCAUCCUCAGGAGACUCGCAGAAACAGAAACAUUUACUGUGAACCGACCUUUUCUCAGUUGCUUUAAGAGAGGAGAACCAAAUUUGCUACUUUGUCAACAAGAUGAGAUUUUGAAUACGGUGCUGACAAUAUAUAGCUAUGAUCCGGAUCAGCCUCUUCCUCAGUCGGAUGAGAUCCUGAUGUGUACUCCACACACCACUCUGGAUGAGGUGGAGAUAUUUUGGAGGAGAGCUGUACUUGACACAACAAACAGAAUCCAUUGUUUGGUUAAUGGAGACCUUCUGGAUUAUGAAGUCAGUGAUAAAGGGGAGAGGAGACUGGAUCAUCACAUGCAGAAAGCUGUAGAACUUGAUAUUCCCUACAAACUAGUGGUGGUCUGUAGCACAGAAAGAGAGUAUCACUCCAGAAUUGUGGCGGCCUUGGACAAAUACAGACGCCCCCCUCUUCCUCUGAUGACGCAUAACAACAUGACAAAAUAUAUCAAAGAUAAGCUGACCUUUGACAUCAGGAGACCAAGUGCUACCCCUGCAGCUGAAGCUGACUUUGAACACUGCACAGUCAGAGUGGUGAAAUCAUGGAGAGCCGGAGUUGGGAAGAGUUUACACAAGAAAAGACUGGCAGAAAAACUCCAUGGUCUACACGGUGGCGUGAUCAGAAGCAAGAAGGCAGUGGUGUCUAUUCCGUUACACGAGAGGGAAAUAAACAUUGAUGACAUCAUGGGUGUUCUCCUGGAUAACACCUUGCAUCCUGGAAAAAUAGAACCAAGACUGUUUCACAUUGAUCUCUCUCAUGAGGUCCAGGAGGGAGUGGACUAUCUGUUGUUCCAGUUACUGAUCCUGGGCUGUCUGACCAACAGUACUGGACAUGUGUGGAGGAAGCUGCCCUAUGACCUCUACAUUGUGGAAACCAUGCCUCUUUUGGCCCGGGACUACCAGGAACAAAGAGGCUAUAUAAAAUGCAUGCAUAGAUGCCUGGACAUUCUGCCUGAUGUGACCUGUCGAUCUCCUCAAGAAAGUCUGAAGAAAUACCAAGGAAAUGCUCCAAAUAUUGGGCAAAAUGACUUACUGUUUGAUGGGAAGGAGUUUGAGAGCAAUGUUUUCCAGAGGCCGUUCCAGUAUCUGUACAGACUGGACAUGAAUCGAGGCUUAGGGGAUGUGGAUAUGAGGAGGACAGAGGGAAACCCCCAAACCUGUCUACAGACACUGCUCAAGCACUGUGGUAUUAGAGACCCCUCGUGGGCUGAGCUGCGACAUUUUGUCUGGUUCCUUAACACACAGCUGGUGGACUUUGAGAACUCAGCUUUCCUUGGUCUUGCAGCUGCAAAAGAUCUCCCAGGAUUUUCACAAUUUGUGUUAAGAUUUCUCAUCCAGAUGUCUAGAGACUUUGCUACCCGGUCCCUGAAUAUGAGUGAGGAGUCCCCCAUACAGAUGUUACAGAGGAUGGACACUGAGGAGGAGGAGGAUGAGGAGGACGUGCUUCAUCAGUUUCAGCUCAGGAGGACGUGGGAGAGCAGCCCCCAUCCCUACUUGUUCUUCAACCCUGACCACAACUCCAUGACAUUCCUGGGAUUUAACAUAGAGAGGCAGACUGGUAACCUGAUAGACGUACAAACAGGGACCGUCCUAGAAAGGGGGAUAAUGCAGAGAAAUCUACAAAAUGCCCUCACCAGAAACAGGGUCCCUAUCAAUGAAAACUUCGACAAUCUCCCGAGAAUUCAAAAGCUCAUCAAACUCUGCAGUGUGAUGGGUGUAGAAGAUGUAUUUGAUCCUGACCCGACCUAUGAACUUACAACAGACAAUGUCAAGAAGAUACUAGCUAUCUACAUGCGCUUCAGAUGUGACAUUCCUGUGAUUAUCAUGGGAGAGACUGGAUGUGGAAAGACUAGGCUUGUCAAAUUCAUGUGUCAGCUUCAGUGUCCUAUUGGGGUGGAGGUUCAGAAUAUGAUCCUUAUGAAGGUUCAUGGAGGCACACGUAGAAGUGACAUCAUCAGGAAAGUGCUGGAUGCUGAGAGAAUAGCCCAGGAGAACACAGCUAAUUAUGGACAAAGACUCUAUACUGUGUUAUUCUUUGAUGAAGCCAACACCACAGAGGCUAUAGGUCUAAUCAAGGAGAUUAUGUGUGACCGCUCAAUGGAGGGGGAACCACUCAAACUCUGUCAGACCCUGAAAAUCGUGGCUGCUUGUAACCCCUACAGAAAACAUUCCGAGGACCUGAUCAAGAGGCUAGAACAAGCAGGACUGGGUUACCAUGUGGAUGCUGAUAAAACCACAGACAGAAUGGGUCGAGUUCCCAUGAGGAGACUUGUAUACAGAGUGCAGCCCCUCCCCCAGAGCAUGCUCCCCCUGGUCUGGGACUUUGGACAGCUAGACACCAAUGUGGAGGAAAUGUACAUCAAACAGAUGGUCCUCAGAUAUAUUCGAGGAGGAAAACUGCCAGAUGAACCAAAUUUAGACACAACAGUCAGUCAUAUUCUUACAUCAGCUCAGGAAUUCAUGAGGAGACAACAGGAUGAGUGUAGUUUUGUCAGUCUGAGAGAUGUGGAGAGAGUCCUAGAGGUGAUAAGCUGGUUCUACAGACAGAGUCAGGGGGAGACAGAUCUGUUUGAUCUGAUGGAGGAGGAGGAGGAGGCAGACUCAGAAGAAGAGGAGGAAGAAGAAAUGGAGGACCAGGAGCUGGCUGAGCCUCAGCCUCAGACUGUCAGCGAUUUGACAAAGUCACUUGUUCUUGCUCUUGGAGUCUGCUACCAUGCUUGUCUGAAAAACCGAGAGGAGUUCCGAAAAGAAAUGGUCAAUGUGUUUAGACAUCCAUGUGUACUUCCUAAAUUUGGCAAUCAGAGAGGUGCUAAACAGAUGUUUGACAUCAUUACAAGAUGCCAGAAUAUUUUCUUGGAGAUUGAUAACUUGGGAGCCAACAUUGCCAAGAACCAGGCUCUGAGAGAGAAUGUGUUUAUGAUGGUGGUGUGUAUAGAGCUGAGAAUUCCUCUUUUCUUGGUGGGGAAACCUGGCAGUUCUAAGUCUUUGGCUAAAACCAUUGUAGCUGAUGCCAUGCAGGGAAAUGCUGCCCACACAGAGAUUUACAGGAACUAUAAACAGGUCCAGAUGGUGUCCUUCCAAUGCAGCCCUUUAUCUGUACCAGAGGGAAUUGUGGGUACUUUCCGUCAGUGUGCCAUGUACCAGAAAGACAAAGAUCUUAACAGAUUUGUCUCUGUUGUCGUACUGGACGAGGUUGGACUGGCUGAGGAUUCUCCCAGAAUGCCUCUCAAGACAUUGCACCCUUUGCUAGAAGAUGGUUGUCAAGGUGAUGAAAAGCCAGAGGAACAUAAAAAAGUAGCGUUCAUAGGAAUUUCUAACUGGGCUCUGGAUCCAGCCAAAAUGAAUCGAGGGAUCCUUGUACAGAGGGAGGUUCCUGACCUUGAAGAACUUGAGGAUAGUGCAGAUGGUAUAUGCUCUGGAGAUAGGAGAAUAAAAAAGAUGAUUAAACCACUGAUUAAACCUCUGGCAGAAUCGUAUCUUCAAGUGUUUCAAUCUGUCAUCGCAAAGAGGGAGUUCUUUGGAUUAAGAGAUUUCUACAGCUUGAUAAAGAUGGUGUACAGUUUUGCUGAGAAGAACAACAAGAAGCCCACCUGGUUGAUGCUACAACACUGCAUCAAGAGAAACUUUGGGGGAUUUGAACACUCAGCAGACCAAGAUCCUCUAGCUGUGUUCUCAGAAAAACUCAAAACAGUGGAAAAAAUUUUAACGCCUUCACCAGGAGAUCCUGACUGUACACCUGCUGGUCUCAUUGAAGCUUGUCUCCAAGGUGAUGGAGUGGACAGUGAUACACGGUACCUGCUACUGCUGACAGAAAACUAUGGAGCUUUGACAGUUUUACAACAGAAGAUUCAGACCAUGAAGAAUGCCAUUACAAUAUUUGGUAGCAGUUUUCCCAGUGAUCAAGAGUACACACAGGUUUGCAGAAAUAUUAACCGUAUCAAGAUCUGCAUGGAAACCGGAAAAACUGUGGUUCUUCUGAACUUGGAGAAUCUGUAUGAGAGUCUGUAUGAUGCCCUUAAUCAGUAUUAUGUCUACUUUGGUGGAGAAAGAUAUGUAGAUCUUGGAUUGGGAACUCAUCGUGUCAAGUGUAGGGUUCACAAGAAUUUCAGAUUGAUAGUUGUAGCAGAGAAGGAGGUUGUGUACAGUAAGUUCCCCAUUCCUCUGAUCAACAGACUAGAGAAACAUUUCCUCAACAUUUCCACCAUGUUGUCCCCAGUACAAGUCAGGCUGGCUCAGAAGUUGCAAAAUUGGGCAGAGGACUUUGUCAAGACAACAGUACUAUACUUAAGAAACCCAAGGGAGAAGAAAUCAGAGUAUAAGACAGGAGACGUCUUCAUGGGAUUCCAUGCAGAUACCUGUGCUUCAAUAAUUCUCCACAUCUCCCAAAAAUACAGUGAUGAUGACUUGGAAACCAUUGAACAAGAGGUGAUGCAAGCUGCCAAAGAACUACUGCUGUGGUGUGCCACUCCUGAUGGUGUAUUGAGGGCAAAACAGAAACUUCCUCCUCGGGAUUUUGCAUUUGUAGAGAACAUUUACUAUGCACAGCAAAAACAUGAUAAUUUAUUGUUUUACCUUAACCAGAAGAUCAGGAUGGAAGUUACGGAUGAACUUUAUGCCCAGGUGACUACCAACUCAAAGCUGAUCACCACAGUAGAUGUAGCAGAGCUGUCUCAGUACCUCCACAUUCCUCAUACACAAAUCACACUCCUCACUCUACAGUCAUUUGAUACAGAGCAGCAAUUCUGUAGACAAGUCAAACAAAGUUUUGAGAGAGACUUAGAUGCUGAGUCUCUGUUGAUUGUACAGUGUGACAGUGGAAAUGAGAAUGCUAGCCUUGUGGCCUGUGCCCAGUAUUCUGUGUUAGAUCAGCUACAACAGCUGGAAGAUGAGAAGACAGGGAAGACACACAUUGUCUUCAUCAUCCAUCUCCCCAGGGUGGCAGGUGGAGGAUUCACAGGAUUCCAGUGUGGUCUGUGGCACUCUGUUCACAUCGAUGACCUUCGCCCUGAUAAUGUUAAAAUGCCCAGUUUUCUGGAGUUGAGGAAUAAGAGUAUAGGGACUUUAAUGGAAACAGCUGCUGGCUCCUCUAAAUCCAGAGACCCUGAAGAAAUGGACUGGGAGGGGAGGCCAGAUCAUAAUAAACGGGAAACUGAGGACAUAGGAAUGGAGGAUCAGGAUGUGUAUCAACAUGACUUUGGCAGCAUGAUGGAGUACACAGGACAAGCCCAUGUGGAGAAGGAGGUGGAUAUUCCAUUUUUCAUAAAGCUGACAGCACAUCCAGCCCUGGCCAUGGUGAAAGAUCCAGCUGAGGACUCCGCCAGAACAACAGAGAGAGUGAAAAUUCUGCUAGAGCUUCUACAUCAAGAAACAAGAGAAAAAAUGACAUUCAUGAAAGGAGUAGGACACCACCUAGCGGCUCUGAUGAAGGAGAAAGAGGAAACCAUGGGGCAGUCUGCUGGGAGUUGGCUCUAUUCAGAGGCCACCAACAGGGACUGUAUCAACAGGGUUGGAACAUUCAGAAAAGCUCGAGACCAGUGUAUCAUUGAGAAAUUGUCCCCCAUCUUGGCUGGCAUCAUUGCACAAGUGGACACCAACAGUAACCUUGACCUUUUGAUUAAAACUGACUCGGACACCUGGGAGAACAAACUUUGGCUUGAGAUCAUCAAUGACCCCUCAGCCACACAGAUUGAGUAUUCCAUGAUUGUGUCCCCCAAAAGACAACAGGAACUUCCAGAGGUGAUGGUGAGGGGGACGGGUUGUGAUGGACAGAAAUUUACAGCACAGAUGCCAUUCUCCUGGCUGAUCUACAAACUGAUUGACCAGAUCUUGAGGACCUCACAGAAUUUAGAAAAAAUUGAAACAAUACAAGAAUUAGUCAUUAGGGUAACAGGCAUUAUAGAGAAUACAUCUCUUGGGAAAGUGCUUCAGAAAUGUCUUGGUGAGGUCAAGGUACCUGAAUUUGUCAAACCAUAUCUCAGUGAUUUUGUUCAUAUGGUAUAUCAUGUGACCAGUGUGGAGGAACAUGGGCUGGUGUGUGAAAAUUUACUGAAUGGAAUGAAUAUGGACUUCAGAGAAGGACUGCAGAGUGUUGUGAUGAACUUUGUAGCAAUUCAUGCUGUAUACAAUAAAUCCGUACCUCGUCUGAGGAAUUUUGCCGGCAUAACACGGGUGUGGCCUGAGUGUAGUGCCAAAAUCAUUGAGUUCCAGCAGAAAAGUGCUCAAUUCUACCUCGUCACAGAUGAAGAACUGGCUUUAGAUAUACUGGGCCUCUACCUGUUGUUGCAAUCUUUGGAGCCUGGCAAGGACUCACUAAAUGACCACAGGGGCAGACAGUACUGGCAGAAACAGGUGCUCAAGUACCGACCUGUGGUAGAGAGGAUUCUGGGACAGUUUGUACAGGAGGUGGAUCCAUCAGGAGUGGAGGAGUUUGGGAGAAGGUGUAGGGAGGGAAUGAAGGAGGCUAGGUGUAUGUGGACUAGGAUAACAGUGAUGAAGUUAUUCCUUCAGCAUGUUUGUUCUGAGGAUACACAGCCAGCAGAGAGAUGCAUGAUGCUCUGGAUGAUGCUGAAGGAUAAUGUUGACUUCAAGAAACUAGAAUCUUUGGAAAAGGUGGAAAAAUUCCUAAAAAUCUGCAUGAAAAAGGUUGUGAAAACAGCAAUUGGGUGUCAGACAAACUGCACAGCCUGUGAGAGUGAGAUCACAGAGAAGCCUAUACAACUUCCCUGUAAGGAUGUUAUCUGUAUCAAGUGUUACAACGAGAUGAAGAUUCUGAGAGCUACUGAAUGCCCCGCUUGUCAUAGUGAGAUUUCUGGGGACUUUGAUCCUCAGGAAGACAAUACCCAAAGAAUUAAGUUCAAAAAGCUACAAGAAUUCCAAAGACGUUGCAAUAGCUUUUUCAUGGAUCUGGUUUCUCAGCUUUGCUUCUCUGACGAUGUACCACCAUCUAGACAUGUGGUAGAGAAGCUUAUGUCCCACAUCACAGCUACAGCUAAAAGUGGCAAAAUGGCCAGUAAGGAGUUGUCAGUGUUUGAGGAAGGCAUUGAUCCUACACCAGUCCUACGAUCCUUCCUCCUACAACAUCUUCUGAGAACUAACUCUGAUGAAGUAAGAGAGUGCUUGGGGAUGUAUUUGGAUCAAGUGGAGAAACUGAUGUCCCUCACAGAGAAUGAAGAGAAAAUGAUAGAACUGUCUCUGUUGGUCAUUCAGUGUCUAGAGGACUCCUUUGAUCAAGAAGUAACCAAAAAUUCUGACCCUGAAAAAUCGAAAAUCAAGAUGGCUACCCACAUGCUUCAGCACAAUGUCCACCUGGUGAUGAAGGAGGGUUUGGACAUAGAGAAGUUGUAUUGUAUGGCUGAAACCAGGUUCGGACUGAUUGUUGUGGCAGAAAUCCUCCACAAGUUACUGGUGGAGAAGUCAAUAAAGGGGGGACAGAGUAUCAGAAGACUUUUAGAAGCUGCUGGUAGGCUGUGUGAUGAAUGCAGGUCAAAGCAGCCAAAGUUGUUCCUUAUCAAACACCUCUGCCGAUGCUUUGGAUUGGAGACCUAUCAAAAAGUCUGCAAGACAAGUGAUGCUGCCACAGUUCGAUGGUUGAGUGUACCAGAACUCCAGAAAAAUGAGAUUGUUGAGUGCAGUGACAGGUUUAUUGUGUGUGGAGACCAGUACAAAGCACUGAGAGAGAAGUUAACCCAGGCAGCACUGGGACAGAACAUGGAUAUAUUCAACACUGCUAUAGAGAGUGUCAGGGCACCUGAGUUCCAGAAAAGAACACUAACUCUCCUGGCUAUUCUUAGGGAAAUAACUAUGUCUUAUUUGUACCCAGAAAACAAGAGAAGAGUUACUGCAGCUGCUAUUGAACUUCUACAUCAGUUUAUGGCACAACACCCUCUGUUUGCAAAUCAGGCUAAACUUCAUGAAGCACUCUGUAGAAAUGCUCUGUGGAGGAGAAACCCUCAGCUGACCGUUCAGGAGGGAAUGGACCUCGGACAUCAGAGUACGGUGUGUCUGUUGAACCACUUUUUUAUCACAUUGUUACAGAUUCCUGAGGAGAGUACACUCAUAGAACCCCUCAACAAACUGGUUCAACAACCACAGGACAUGCAGGGUGCUUUCCUGCCCACAAUGCCACAAGAUAAUGUUGCAGAGAUGAGGGAGGCUCUAUUGGCUGCCAGAGGAGUGAACGAUGCAAAUCCAGUAUUCUACCGCUGCCCAAAUGGUCAUCCGUAUGUGAUUGGUAAUUGUGGCAGACCAGCCAUUGUUGGUAGGUGUAAAGACUGUGGUCAAGAAAUUGGAGGUCAAGGUCACCAAUUAAUAGCUGGCAACAUACUUGACCAAGGGUUAGAUCAGACUGCUACCGGUCACAUUUUGGGUCGGGCAGAAGGGAGACAACCCGUGGCCAGUCCUGAGAGAAGUCUGUCCCCCAUUGAGUGUGCCAUAGUCAGACUCUUCACUCACAUGGCCAUGUACCUAGGAGCCAGCAUCAAUCUUGAGGCUAUUGAAAGCAUGAUCAAACCAGACCUAGAUCAAGACAUAGUCCUGCCAUUCUUGUGGGCACACAUAGAGAAAGAUCUUGUCACUAUCCAGAGAGCCAUAGGAAAAAGUGUGGAUGAUGUCUAUAUCCUGAUACAUAGAAUUUGUAAUGACAUCAUGGAGAAACACAGAGGUACUCAGAUGAAUCAGGAAAUAUGCUUCUUAGCCAAUAAAAAUAGCAGAAUGAAAUGGGAAGAGGAUUUUACUCAAACUUAUUUGUCACCAGUUCUUAAGGAUAUGGACAGCUUUCUGAAAUCUUUAAAUAAGCAACUUGCUAAUGAUCAGAGACUUGGUUCAGACCCUUUGCUGUGUUUGUUAUUUGAGAUGGACAUUCCCUCUGAACAUUCCUCACCGAGCACUCUUCACAAUGUUCAAGCUGUGUGGCGCUACCGAUCACAGAUAACCAUGGACCACCUACUACACACCUUACAAGUACAGAGCAGGGCUCAUCAAGUACUCAUCAUGUUCUUACAAGAGGAGCACCAUCUGAGAGCUAUCCGCCUGGUACCAAACAUUCUAAAACUUCAGAGGGUGCUGAUACAGCGAUACCAGAGAAAGCUGGACAGAGUUGAGGCUACUAGAAUGUCAAUUGAAGAUAUGAUAGAGUCAUAUGAAAAUGAGGGAAGAGCAGAAGAGAUAAAGAAUUUGGUAAGGGACUUCAUUGAGGCCUGGCAGUGUGUACGUGAACAACUUUUAACAUUCAGUUUUCCCACGCUGGAAGGAUUAGCAAGGGUUCCUAAGGAGUACUGUCAUAAAUCAAUUACUGAGACAAACCCAGUGUCAGUUCUAUUACCAACUUUCAGGGAUGCCGGACUCUGCUCCUAUGGCCUCCUGUACUUCUUACUGAAGAAACAAAAUAACUUCCUGCAGGAGUACUGCAAGAAGAAAAAAACAGUAUACACUCAACUGCCCAAGGUUCAGGUGAAUGAUGUGACCUCUGCCCACCUCAUCAGCUUCCACCCUGACAGAGACAUCCUCCCCAUGGUCAUGGCCAACUGUCACUACACGUUUGAGGUCGGCAAAGGAACCAAGAUAGAUUACAACUUUGGUGACUUGGAGCGCCAGCUCAUGGACCGAUUCCUGUUCUCCAAGUCUGUCAUUGACAUGCCUGUUUAUGAGUAUGAGAUGAUGACAUACAGAUCAGAAACAACUAAUGCAGUGGUGUUUAGACAUCUCAGGCAGAAAAUAAAACAGGAACCUUUGACCCCAGCAGUAGCCAAUCAAAUCAGUGAAGAGAUCAGAGCUUACCCUGACCUCUGUCAAACUCUUGACAAGCUAGACAUUACCAUCAGUUUCCUGAAAUCUGUAGGGGGUGAUGCUAACAUGUCCUUGGAAAAGUUUAUGACCCAGACUCUUAAAAUGGAAAAUCCAUUCCCCAGUCAAAAGGCAAGAUCUUCCUGUAUGUGUAAGCAUGCUCAGUCACUCUGGAUUACAUUAGCAAUGGAGAAAACCAAAAGACAAGCAUCACACAAGGAGGAUGCCUUUGAGGGUGUGGCCAGUGAGUUGAGGGUGGACCUCCAACCUGACCAGCGUGACAUCAUCAAGUCGUUCUGUGAGGAACUCUCCAUAGAGAGACUAGAACUCCUGCUGGAGACUCUGUUUGAGUGUAUCAUGUUGACCAUCACAGUUCCCAAAGGAACAGAUGAUGAUGAUUUAGACAUGUCCAAACUGAGCCUGAGAGAAACUCUGAUUGGCUACGUUUCAGCUCCUCAGUAUGACCUUGACCCAAACAACCCAGGAUGGAUGAUGAACUUUGUGGAACAAAUUCCAAAUGAAGGAGAAAACUUUACCAAAAUUAUGAACAACCAAGCUGUUGAUGUGUGGUUGUUUUUAUAUGCUAUCUACACUCAAAAACAAAGUGAAAGGAGAUAAUAGUGUUGUAAAAUAAAGUAGAUGAAGCUACUCUAAAAAACAUAGUGAAAGGAGAUACAUAUAAUGUGGUUUUUGGACAGGUAUAAUACAUAUAGUAAAAAUGUUUCAAUUUUUUGGACUUCAAUUUUAUAGAUACUUAAAUCAUAUUCAUAGACUAAGCACAUCGAAACCUUGAUUUAAUAUAAUACUUUUUAUAAACAAUGGAUUGUUUUAGACAUAAUAAAUUACCUGAAUAUUAGUUCACACUAUGAACACCUGUAGAACUGUAUGUUGGGACCAAGCUUUAAUGUGAUAAAAUACACAAUUGUGCCAAUAUUAGUAGUAGAAUUAAAAGUUUGUUUUUGUGUGUGUUGCAAUUAAUAUUUAAAGUAAAAUUAUUACCGUAUUUUUGUACUUUUAUGAGGAUUUUGAGUUUGCAGAUUUUCAUAAUUUUUUUUUAAUAUUUCAAGUCAUUUUAGGCAAUAUCAAUCCUAUUUUGUUUGUUGGAAGUUGUGUUCUUAUCUAUAUGUGACUAGAGUGCAAUCAGUGUUACAAUGAUGUUACGCAGUUUUAUUGCACAGAAAGUGCAUGCCUUGUAAACUUGCAUGUAGUUUAUAAUGGAAGAUUAUAUUUCCAGAGAACUUUUUAAUUUAC